AUGAAGCUUCUACCUCAACUCAUCGUCACUGUAGUGGUGAUACUGGCCGGGUCUCCAGUACUGGCGAAAUCCCAACUGAAUGGCUGGUACCCGUGUUCUGAGCUCACCUUCUCGGACGAGGGGAGUGCUGGAGACUUGGUGGCCGAGUGCGCCACGUACAACGCUCCGUUGUGCUACCCGGGAAUUUGUGAGAGCUCGGACGCGUCUGAAUCGACCGUCGACAUCUUCGUCAAGCGCAUGCUGGCGACGGCGGUGGAUCCUGAGACUACGACCAACGUGUGGGUGUUACAAGGCGGGCCGGGUGAUUCUUCUACUGCGAUGGAGUCGUUGAUGGUGGACCUGCACAACCAACUGGAGGGGGCGAUCAACGUGUACACGAUGGAUCAUCGCGGCACUGGGCGCAGCACGUUCCUCAAUUGUGUAGCGGCUCAAGCGAUGACCACCGGCUCACCUAAAGGGCAGAAAAUCGACCCAGCGGAGGUCCCUGGUUGUGCGGAGGACCUGCAGUUCAAGUACGGAGACCUGUCGGCGUUCUCCGUGACGAGUGCAGCUACUGACAUGGCGACUUUUAUCGCCAAGUUCUCGAACGGAGCCAACACGACAGUGUAUGGAGUGAGCUACGGUACGGCAUUGGUGGAGCGGCUGAUCCACUUGAACCCUCCGACGGUCACGGGGUACGUUCUCGAUAGCGUCGCCACUUCGUCCGGAGCACCAGCAGAUGAAUUUGAGUACUUUUCGACCUGGAACGUUGACUUUGGCGAGGUGGCCGAUGCCUUCUUGGCCCUCUGCGACGAUGAUGAGGACUGCUCUUCUCACUUUGAUCCACGAGGUCUGGCGAACACGCUCCAGGAUCUCAUCGUGCAGUUCGACAACGCGCCGAACUCGACGUGUGCGGCUCUGAUGAAGAACUUGACGACGGAUGUGAAGGAUGAACCGCCCUCGCUUAUCCUCCGCAGUGCGUUGAGCUCGUUGCUCGAGCGUUCGACCCUCCGAAAGCUCAUCCCUCCAGUCGUCUACCGCUUGAAUCGCUGUGGAGCUGAAGACACAGACGUCCUGAGCCAAUUCGUCACGGCUUUCAACGCAGACGCCGAAGAAACGAGUCAGGAGGACGCGUUCUACUCGCCGCUGCUCUACUACCUCAUCAUUUUCUCCGAGAUGUGGGAGACCCCAACUCCUUCAGUCGCAGAAAUGAGAGCACGCUUUACGAGCGCCGAGAUCUCCGACCCUGAAGUUUACAUGAACACUCCGCUGUACUGCGCGUUCUCGAAAGAAAAAUCGGCUGUCUGCAAUAGACUCAACGUUAGCGACUACUCCGGCAGCGGCAUCCUCUACCAGCACGACCAGUACUGGAACACGAGCGCGGUUAUUCCUGAGCAUGCCAGCGUGUUGCUGCUCAAUGGCAAACUCGACCCUCUCACUCCGCACAAGUACGCGCAGUAUCUGCUGGAAGCUCUGGAUGGGGACAAUAAGGAGUUGAUCUCCUUCAACUACUCGGUGCACGACACGGUGUCCUCGACCCCGCUGAGUGAAGACGGUGACAGGAGCAACACGUGCGGACUGCAGCUGCUGGCGUCGUACGUGAAGAAUAACGGGAAGCUGGAGCUUCUGGACAGGUCGUGCAUGGACGAAAUGCCAGAGUUCGAACUCGCGGUGCAGAUUGAGGACCAGUAUCUGUACUUGGGCACCGACGAUGCGUACGACGGCGUGUACAACUCCAGUCCGAGAGGCUCUACCGACAGCUAUUAG